AGUUUGCGGCAGUGACGUAUCGUGAUCUCAUCGAGAGGCUGCUUCCACACAGAGGAGUCUGAGGGAGAAGGACCUCCCUUACCCCGGCACUGUGGUUUUUGUAUUUCGAAACUUUUUUUUAAUUACAGCUCUCGACCUAACUGAACAGAUGAUGCCUAUGCUGUAUUAUCAGUAAUCUCAAUCAUAUUAACCACCCUCGUCUGUAGGCCUAUAGAAGAGGAAACCCUGGUUUGAACACUACCAGAUAUAGAUGUACAAAUCUGGAAUCGCUCUUUGUCACCUGACCCUACGUUAAACGACGGAGUCAAAGAGGCAGACGGAUGUGCAGAGGUCCUCAACACAGGGUAGUAAAGCCACGCUUGAAGCACUGUCAUGGGAACGUGAUGACCUCACUGAUCAUAUGUUCAUAGAAGAAUACCUGGAAGAAGAUGAUGAACCACCUUUGCUGCUCAGCUCUCGUCCUACUCACAGUUUUAGACUGUGGUGGGACUGCAGCAGUGCAGUGUCGGUGGGGGGAGGCGUGUAUGUGUCUGCAGUGCCCUGCUGGCCAGCAACCAUCCAAGGCGUGUGGACAGGUCCAAGCACCAGCAACAGACGUGCAAUGCCAGGCUUGCCCACAGGGCACGUUUGCAGAUGCGCUCGACUCUGAACUCUGUCGCCCACAUGCAUCCUGUAUGGAGCUCAAGCGACAGGUGGCCACCCCUGGCAGCGCGGUAUCUGACACUGUCUGUGGAGGCUGUCUGCCUGGAUUCAACCCGUCUUCCGUAGAAAACGACGGCCCCUCAAAGCCGUGCGUGGAAGCCGGGCCGGCGGGGCACGUGAGGGCGGUCCGCACCGCGGGCAGCGGGCCGGCGAGCACAGGCGGCCGGCUGGCCAACGGCACGGCGGUGCGCGGCGCGGAGGAGAAGACGGCCGAGUACGCCGUGUUCGCCCUGGUGCCCGUCUUCUGUGUGAUGGGCCUGCUGGGCAUCCUCAUCUGCAACAUCCUGAAGAAGAAGGGUUACCGCUGCACCGCCGAGAAGGAGGGCGGGGACGAGGAGACGGCCACCCCAGAGAAAGAAGCCAAUGGCUGCCCAUACAUACCGGACGACCCCAACGAGGACACCAUCAGUGUCCUGGUACGCCUCAUCACUGAGAAGAAAGAAAAUGCUGCUGCACUUGAGGAACUUUUGCUGGAAUAUGAAACCAGUCAGAUGGCCAUGAACAAGAGCUCAUCAAUCAAGUUCCCCAAGCUCUCCCCUUUGGCCCAGUUCCGCUCCCUGCCCCGGCUGUGCCCCCACCAGUCCCACCUGCACACCAUCUCUGGCCUGUCCGGCCUGUUCCCAAGGCACGGCUACCGCUGCUCCCGCUGCGCCCAGAGGAAGUGGCCCGCCAUCCUGAUCCCCCCGCUGGAGGCUCUCAAAGACCACCCCCUGAAGCCCCCACAGAGCCUGAUCCUGCCCUACCUGGACGCGGGCGCCGACACCCAGAAGAGCCCCCUGCUGGGGGGAGUGUGCGCGGACGAGCCGAGGCCCCAGGCCGCCGUGCCAAAGGCAACACCGCAGAAGGUGGGGGAGAGCUUUGAGGGAGGCAAGGAGAAGAAGAAAGAGGGAGAGCCCACGGUGCUCUCUGUGGGAAGAUUUCAAGUGGCCCAGAUUACAGAGAACAGACCUGUCACCGUGGAAACCAAGGCAUCCACUCAGGAGCAACGGAACUCUCUUUUUGGCGGGAAUCCCUUCUCCUCACUCUCAGGAGUCUCAAGGAGGUGAACAGAGGGAUGCUGUACCCAAACGCUACCUCACUGAGGAUAACCUCACGAUCAAUGGACAACUUGAAGGGACUCGAGUCCAUUAAGGUCAACACUAAACCAAGUCACUGAAAGGAGAGACCUAAAUCCUCCUCAGCGUUCAUUUGACUGACCCUGGUUCGCCUUGGGAAAUGAUAUCAUACCAUCACACAUAUCUAUUUGACUCUUUUUUCUAAUAGAGUUUGGUUAUUUUCUUACACAAUCAUGGAACCACCGGAAGGCUUGCUGGGCACCUGCCGUUCUGUUGCUUUAUAAAUUAUUAUAAUUUAUUAUAAUCAUUUUAUAAACCCAUUUUGAUGGGUAGGUGGGUUGAUUAAGCGGCCAUCUUGAAAUGGCCGUCAGUGCAACAUUGUGAUUAGUUAGUCGUCUUUAAUCCAUACAGGAGGAAAGGACGGGGAUGAUUGGAAGGCAUGUAGAGGUUUACUCGGGGGAUGUCUUAAUGUAUCGGUUCUUCCAAGUGAAAAAUGUAAACCACAUACACAAAUUGUAGCCCUCGCUCAUGCCCACUUCAGGUCACUCUCACACACGCACAUACACACGCACACACACAAACACACGCACACAUACACACUAACACACACACACACAUCUAUGCAUAUUCUCAAACACGUUUAGUUAGUUUUUGUAAUACGUAAUAUAGAUACUAUUCCCUGUGGGAGUCUAGAGGUUGUAAAUAGUAAAAGAGUACAAAUAAGUACCAAUCAUGAAAUGCAAGCCAAAUUUAAAAGGUUUUUUUGUAAAUAAACAACACAAUCAGUAAUGAUCAGUAAAAUACAUUUUAGCCAUUUUUGAAGGAUCUUGGGGAGCUAUUUUCCAAAUAGCUCCUUAAAAUCCUUAUUCUUAAAUUAACUUUUCAUGGAAGAUUUUUAAACAAAGAGUUUGUUAAACAUUGAGCUCACUCAAACCUAUCCAUGAAGACAGCCGAAAAGACAUUUUGGUUACCGUAAUUGAUACAUGUAAACAGUGUUAGUGAUUAUUUAUUGAUUUUACUCAUUCACAUUUUGUUUAGCAGUGUUUCUAGCUAACAUCGCUGAACUGAAGUUGCUUUCCUUAAGUCUUUACACAGGUUAAAACUUCUUGAGCCUGGACAUUUUUAUUUGAGAUAUUGUAUGAAAACCAUCAUGUUGGCAUAGGAAUAUGUAAAUAUGUGAACACAUGUACAUAUGGACGGUCUGGAGCAGGUUUGAGUCUUUAGCCCUCUUAUUCAUUACAGUUGUGGCACUUGAUUGAAUUGAUUCAUGACAAACAUUUUUUGGAUGAUUCAAUGGCUUAAAACGUCAAAGCGUAUAUUAAAUCCAAUCAUGCUCCUGCUCCUUUUUUUUUACUAUCUAGAAACAAAACACUAGAUUUCAGGCGUAAUAGAUUCAGUUGUGGGACAUUCUCUUAUGGGAUGCUGGCCUAUUGCAUUUUUACAGGACAGUACUAAGUAUUAAAAUAUAUAUUUUAGUAUUUUUGCUGGGGAGAGGGGGUAUUGGCAAAUAAGCGAACGCACAUUUCAAUGUUUGUUUUUUUAAAACAGUGAUUAUUAUGAUUAUGAUAAUUUUUCAGAAUAAUAGUAAUCCGUAUUGUUACAAGAUGUCAUGCUGUAAAAAGGAUUGGAAACGUAGUAAAUACUUAAAUAAACAAGAGGUUUAUUUUCAUUG